AUGUUCCAACUUGGGAGCCUUGUUGUCUUGUGUGGCCUGCUCAUUGGGACCUCAGAGUCACUUCUUGGUGAACUUGGCAAAGCUGUGAAUGAUUUGAAUGUUCUGCCUCUUGCCUCUGGAGAUGUCACGCAGAACUUGAAUCUGGAUGUGGGGUCACUUCAGCAAGCCACAAAUUGGCCAUCAGCCAAGGACAACAUUCUAGAAACGUUGAACAGAGCGGACCUUGGCAAUUCAAAAAGCUUUACAUCUUGGGGUGGUUUAUUGUUGAGAGUCAACAAAUUCAGAGUCCUGGAUAUUCAAGCUGGUCUAUCUUCCAAUGGCAAAGAUGUCGACCUGAAGCUGCCUCUGGCUCUGGACAUCACCGUGGUUCUGCCUGGCUUUGGCAAUACGGUCGACUUUGCUGUUUCCUUGGACCUCAUAAAUUCAGUCACUGUUAAAAACAAUGCCAUGUCUGGCCUUCCCGAGGUGGCCAUAGGAAAAUGCUCCAGUAACACAGAUAAAAUCUCCAUUUCCUUGUUGGGCAGACGAUUUGGCCUCAUCAACAGUCUUCUGGAUCGUGUGUCUGCCCUCCUUACAAAUGCAGUGUCACUUCUCCUGCAAAACAUCCUAUGUCCAGCGCUCCAGUACAUCCUCAGCGUCCUGAAUGCAAAUGUUAUUCAGGGUCUCCUCUCUAAUCUACUGUCAGGACCAUUACCACUUUCCGUCUGA